UCUCUCUCUAACGAAUUAUAAAAUCUUAUUGGCACUCGAAAUUCGAGGAGAGGGAGAGAGAGAGAGAGAGGGGAGUGAAAAGCGGAAGCUAGACUGAUCAGUGAGUGAGAGAUGGGGUCGGUCCAGUCACCGGAGAGACUGCGGGCCGAGAUCGACGAAAUCCGGCGGGAGCCGCUGUCGUGCGCCGGGGUGCGCACGAGCAAGGAGGGAGAUGAGUUCGGCGACAAGCUUGGGCUUCGACCUGCAGGUGCCAUGGUGGAUGAAGGAAACAGUGAAGACAGGCUGGUGUGUGUCACCAGCGGCCUAUCGUACCUCGGCCGGGCUAUCGUCAACCGCCUCCUUCUCCGUGGCUACUCCGUCCGACUUGUUAUCACCAAGGAAGAAGAAGCGAGGGAAGAAGAAUUGAGAGAGACGGAAUCGUGGGGGCCCAGAAACAAUGGUAUAAGCGUGGUGGUGGUGGAGAAGCUGAGUGACGCGGAGGGUCUAUCAGAGGCAUUUAAUGGGUGUAGCUGUGUGUUGCACACCGCUGCAUUCAUUGACCCAGCUGGCCUGUCUGGCUAUACCAAAUCAAUGGCUGAAAUAGAAGCGAAGACGUGUGAGAAUGUAAUGGUGGCAUGUGCAAGAACAGCAUCGGUUAGAAACUGUGUUCUUACGUCAUCUCUUUUGGCAUGCAUCUGGCGAGACACUUCUCAAGGUGACCUCUCUACCAUUGUUAACCAUCACUGCCGGAGCGAUGAAUCUGUCUGCUUAGACAAAAAGCUGUGGUAUGCCUUGGGUAAAUUAAGGGCAGAGAAAGCAGCAUGGAGGAUAGCUCAUCAACAAAUUAGGAGGUUCAAGCUGGUAACCAUAUGUCCUGCUCUCAUCACUGGCCCUCAAUUCUCCCUUAAAAAUCCCACACCGACCAUCGCUUAUCUCAAAGGGUUUCAAGAGAUGUUCGCAGAUGGAUUGCUGGCCACGGUUGACGUACACAGAUUGGCAGAAGCACACGUAGGCGUGUUGGAGGCAAUGAACAAGGGGAGUGCGUUUGGAAGGUACGUUUGCUUUGAUCGGGUGAUCCGGAGGCAAGAUGAGGCGGAGAUAUUGGCCGGAGAGACGGGGAUGCAAAUGAACCCGCCGGCGCUAGGGGAUGAUGCGUCCGGCCGCAAUCAUCUGUUCAGGUUUGAGUUGUCGAAUGUGAAGCUCUCUGGGUUAUUGUCAAGAACACAGAGAUGCAGUGACCCAUGCCAUGUUAAUUAGCGGCUAAAAAUUCCUCGACCAGACAGCUAGUAAUAAUGGGUUAUAUAGCGUUUGUGAUAAUGAGAUGUUGUAAACUUGUAAUCCAUCUUUAUAGCAAAUAAAAAUAAAUUCUUCCUAGUCUCAUAACAUAAAUCAAGUGA